UCCGCGAUGUGUCCGCCCUCCGGCGUCCCUGGCGGCCGCUCAUAGGCGGCAGCGGGAGCGGUUCUCCCCACCCCCACCGCACCGCGUCGGUGCCUGGCAGCCAGAGGAUCGGCCCCGCCGCCAUCGCCAUGGGCACCCGGGACGACGAGUACGACUAUCUCUUCAAAGUUGUGUUGAUUGGGGACUCUGGAGUCGGGAAGAGUAAUCUCCUGUCACGCUUCACUCGUAAUGAAUUCAACCUGGAGAGUAAGAGCACCAUCGGGGUGGAGUUUGCAACCCGAAGCAUCCAAGUGGAUGGGAAGACGAUAAAAGCCCAGAUCUGGGACACUGCAGGGCAGGAACGGUAUCGUGCCAUAACCUCAGCCUAUUACCGUGGUGCAGUUGGGGCCCUCCUUGUUUAUGACAUUGCCAAACAUCUCACCUAUGAGAAUGUCGAGCGUUGGUUAAAGGAGCUCCGGGAUCAUGCAGACAACAAUAUUGUCAUCAUGCUGGUGGGAAACAAGAGUGACCUGCGCCAUCUGAGAGCUGUGCCCACCGACGAGGCCCGGGCUUUUGCAGAAAAAAAUAACUUAUCUUUUAUUGAAACUUCGGCCCUGGAUUCCACAAAUGUAGAAGAAGCCUUCAAGAACAUCCUCACAGAAAUCUACCGCAUUGUCUCACAGAAGCAGAUUGCAGAUCGAUCUGCACACGAUGAGUCUCCCGGCAACAAUGUAGUUGAUAUCAGCGUCCCGCCAACCACCGAUGGACAGAAACCCAACAAACUCCAGUGCUGUCAGAACCUGUGACCUGUAUAUGCUCUGUGCCCCUCACAUCGUCUGUGCUUCAGUUAGAAACUUGUGUGGGCUUCUUUCAGAUAUUUCCUGUGAUUCAGUGACUUCCUGUGUUCCUCUUCUCCACACCCCUCCCCAACCCCCUUUCAUCUUAGAGCUUUAAUUGUAGGGCUAACAUUCCCUUGCCUCUGAAAUUCCCUUUUGAAUGUGAUGACUUUGGGGCUUGAAAUGUAGGCACUGAUCUGGUAGACAUACUUGUUGUGGAUCAUCUGCUGCUGGAUGUUAUCCCAUGAAGCACUCUCCUCAAAUUUAUAUUUUUAUUUUUGUGUGGGAGAGGAGGCAUGGGAGCUUGGUUAGAAUGGCUGAAGAAAUUACUACAUUUAGGCUUUCAUUUGUCUUGUAGUCAGACUUUUUCACAGCACCUUUAUGUUUCUGUAAACAUGAGGGAGAAAUUAAAAGAUACCUAGUCUACCAAAUGUUCUGUUUUCUGUCCAGCUGAAGUAUCACAGUGAGGCUUUUAGUGGCUGCACACACGAGUGGUGUUGAAAAUAACCUUACUUAUUAUGUAAUUCCCCUGAAUGCAGAGUUAGUCUGGCUGUGCAGUUUACUGUUUCCUGCCUGGGAAAUCUGCUCUACUCUUAAUUUGUUUUAUUUGGGAUCAAUGAAGUAUGUCUGCAUUGCAUUAUUUGCCACGAUGGAUGCCUGUUCAGCUCUGGGCAGGCAGUAUGAAGUGGCUUAAUAUUUAUUCUUGGCUUUGUUAAUUAACAUUAAUGUACAGUAAGUGCCAGCAUAUUAAUUUUAAGGUCCUUUUGCAAGCUGUAGAACUAGGUUCCUUUUAUAUCGUAGAUCAGUGUCUGGAGGAGAAAUCUUCUCUAGUCCCAGAAUUGUUUUGCAUGCUGCUUUCUCACUAGGUCUAUCCCUAAAUCCGUUUGAGUGAGAGUAAAGCAAUAUUUUCAUGUCAUGUACAUACCUGCCCUGGUAAGGUUUUUUCGGUUGUUGUAGAGAAACCCAAUACUUUAUACAUUUUGUAAAGCUUAUGCAGAACCACAGCAUCUUGGAUUAUCUUUCCAUUAUCGUUCACUAUUGACUUGGUGCUUCACUUUUUUUUCUUGACCUCUACUAAACUGUAUAAAAUUCUGCGUAAUACACACUGUCCUGCUACUUCACUCUUAGCCUGUUUUCUGAAUUGCAGCUUGUAACUUCCAAAUGACUAAUUCACAUGAUAUGACUGAUUAUCUGUUAUCAGUAGGGCUAACAACUAUUAAACUUGUUAAAUAGGAAUAAUUUUAUCACAAACUUGUCAGUCACUUGCUAGCUUGUGAAAAUCCUCUGUGGGGAAGGGUUCAUCGGUCACCAGCUCUGGUACUGUUGCAUCUUUGCAGUAAGCAGUGUUGUGUUGAAAGAGUACCAGGUGAAAUGAUCAAAACGAGGCAUUGGGAGCACCCACUUGCUGUUCUUGGGAGGCUAGCUGAAGCAACUUGCUUCCAAAUUCUGAGUCCAGGCCUCACUUGACACAUCCCACCUUGCAUGUCAGUGAGUUGUUGAUUUUUAUGUUACAAAGUGAAUCUGAAACUGUACAUUGUGUGCUUGGGGUGGGGGGAGUUGACAUUCCAGUCUCAACUGUUUUGUAUCUGGUUAUGUAAUAAAAUUAAGGGCAGUGAACUCUGAUGGCUUUUCUUUAUAAGAUGUCCAGUCAAAUGCAUUGAAUUUUACAAAUAGAAGGCCAGAGUUUUAAGCUAAGCAGUCACAUGAUCUCAGUACUUCAUAGUUUAACAUAAAUUUAAACUUAACUGGUUUUCUAGUACAUUCACCACAGUCAGUGGCCAGGGUUCAUUUCAGGCUGUGGGACUAUGCUCUAGGACAGUGAACGAGUCCCAUCUCCUGGGGAAGGUAUUUAUUCCUCCUAGGAAGUGGUGGGGUGCUGUCCCUGCAAACUCCCAGUGCUGGAAGCACUCUCAGCACAUGACACUAGCACUAACAUCCUGAGAACAGGACUCUUAGCAAGCCUGAACUGGAACCAUCUCCUUCUGGUGCGUCUGAGACAUUGUGUGACUUGCAGUUGGUAUUUGGAGGCUGGCAGGGGAAGCACAUCAUGCAUAAUAUAUUGAAAACAGUCUCACACAGGUUUGAAAAUAUUCCUUUCAAGAGCAGGCAGCCACUCUUGGAGCUGGAGUCUUUUUUGUUUUGUUUUGUUCUUUUUAAAAAGUUCUUUCAACAGAACACUUGAUGUAAAGGAGUGAGGAGCAUCCCUGAGUACUUUGAUGGCAUGAGGAAGAAUUGUGCUCUUAAGAGGCCUUAGUCCGGGGUAAUUUUACUAAUAUGGUGAUUACCCUGCAGAGCCUCUGUUUCUAACGGUGAACUUCACGUGCCUCUUCUCUCCUUAGUGGGUGAGGGGUUUUUUGGCUAGUUUGAGAAGAGUUGAGAGAAGCAGGAGGGGUCAGAAUUGGUUAAAUUCCUAGGCUCUGGCCAGGAAACAUUUUUAUUCCUGGGAUUUGUGCAGAGCUCUGGGAUUUGGCUCAGAGCCCUAAUAAAAAAAUCCUUGUCCAGGGCUCAAGAACAACCAAGCAUCCUGCUUACUGAAGAGAUCCUGUGCUAAUUCCACCUGUCCUGAGGUGCUGGCAUAACGAGCUGCUCAGUUGUGCUCUUCCCCCAGUGAUGAAGCAUGACUGCACUGCCCAUGUCACUGUGCUGUAACAUGGGCAGUGUAGACAUACCCUUAGUUUUCUGGCUGCACUCCAGCCCAUACUUGACAUGAAGUUGUUUUUGUCUGAAUUGGUGGGUUGCUUCAUUAGCCUCGUUCUGGACUGUUUCCCACAGGCUGUUCUGCAAUUGUUUGCAAAGUCAGCGGAGCACAAAACUCUUCCCCUUCCUGUGAGGAUGAGAUGAUUUUGCCUAAGGUAUGCCAGAGGCCAUUAGCACUAGAGAACAGGCACUUACUGUAGUCUUAAAUCUUAUUAGCUCUUUGAUGUCUUCUCAUGCACAGAUAGGAAACCUUAAUGGGGUUACUCCCUUACACUUCUGAAAUUUAGUGUGAUUAGAAAGCACUGCAGGUGCCUGCUCUUGGAGUGCUAGACAAAGGAAUUCAAAGGCAGCUUUCUGAUACUCAGACCUGGAGCAGCUAGAACAAACCUUCAAAUACACUGUACAGUAGUGCAGGCUAUUACUACACUUUCUUGACAUGAAAAAAUUGAGCUCCGCUUAGCUGCAGCAUAACUCCAUAGGAAUCCCUGGCAUAACCUCAUUAGCUCCAUAUCCCAAAAUUGUAGUGCCAGGAAAAACAAGAAGGGGAACACUUCUGUCCUUAGUCACUUGUCUGCAGUGAGGGCAUUUGCAUGUCAGUGAGAGCAACAUUUGUCUCAUAAAUUAAAACUCCUUUUUACAGAAAGCUGCCUGCUCAAGGAAGCAAACAGGUUCUGUGGGAAUUAAAGUUAAAUCUUCACAAAGCUUGUUCCCCAAGUCCCUGCUUUACCCAGACACUGCGAACAGUGUUAGUUUUAGCUAAGUUUUGAAAGCUAACUUCAGAAACAUCUUCCACCAUCAAGUGUGGAUGGUCCGGUGGUUGUGUCCAUUUUGAAGGUCCCUGCUGACUUUAAAUUUAUUUCUGUCUUGGAUGGUGCCAUGAUAGCAGCAGCUUUUACUAAUUAAAUAACUAGCUUAUCCCUGUCUAUUGAAGCUGUUUUGGAGAGGAGGCAGAAGACCAAAAUUAACCAACACCCAAUGUUUAUCAUUGAACACAUGCACAGCGGAACCUCAUUACAUUCUCUCAUCCUAUUCUGAUGAGAGUUUUCUCAUUAAAUCUCACAUUUGUUUCUGUCACAUGGGGAAGUCUCAGUAACUGCCUACAUGUCUGAAUUCAGUGACAGAUAGGAGCUCUCAGCCGGUCUUUCUUGACAUACUUUCUUGCACAUUAGAGGUGAACUCCACAGUAUGGAGUUCACCUCUGAUGUGCAAAGCAAGCAAGUGUGGUCCAGGGGAAAGUUUAAAUCACUAAAAUUGUUAUUGCAACACUCCACAAUGACUCUGCUCUAAUUGUUGAAUCCCUUUAUUAAAAGGACUCUGUGUGUCUGCUGUAGAAGUGUUUGCAGAGGGGAAAAGAAUGAUUUCCUCUCUUGCCACCCUCCACAGCUCAUCAGAGCUAUAUCAGAGGGAGCUGACUACACGUGGUGCCUCUACAGAAUCCCCAGCCUGUGGGAAAAGACCUAGUAUCUUUGUCCAUUUAAAAAAAAAAAUCAAAAUGGGAAAUGCAUAUGAAUUGAGCUGUCUUCGCACUGCAAGACAACUGGAAUUGUUAGACUGCCUUCUUGAUUUUGAGGACAGGUCUGUGCCUUUGUUAUUUGAAUAGGUCACUCAUUGAAAGAAGCCAACUUGCUUUGAAAAAUCUGCUUCUCUGUUUGGCCAGUGAUAUUUUGAUUUCUGUGUGCUAGCCCUGUGGACACAGAGUGCUGUCAUGGCCUUGAUCUAUCAGUGGUGUGAAACAGAGUGCAUCUGUGCUCUGUGAUAGGAGAGUCUCCAUUCUGAGUGUAAAGGAAGAAUACCUUCCUUAGAUAUUUUCAUCUCAGUAGAAAAAUACAAACCUAAUAAGGUAUUUCAUAGGCACCUACUGAGGCCUUCCUACCCCCCCCCCCCCCCAACAGCAAAGGAAUUUACACUAAUUAAGGACCCUGCUUUUUUGAAAGAGGCAAAAGUCAGGCAACUUGGAGUGAAGGUUGAAAUUGUCCUUCACUGGUCUACAGCCUGUUAGGGCUGAGCUGGGAUUCUCAUGGUUUCUAGAGCAGACCUUUAACAGGACUGUAAUGUAGAAUUUUGUAGUUCAGAAUGAUGAGCAGUGGGGUAUUUCCAGAAAAAUGUGUGAUUCCAAGGCUGCUUCAUUACAGUUAUUUACGCUAUCAUCAGUUUUUGGUAGAGUGUAGUCUGUCAGGCUUUGUGGGCUACCACACUGGACCUUUAUGCAACUGGGAAGAGGUUCCUGUCGCUUACUUCUAUUCAUGGUUAAUGUGUUCAGUUAAGUGCAAUUCAUUUUGUAAAUAUAUAUAUGCGUCACUUUGAUUUUUGUGCAUGGUUAUUAUGUAUUGUGGCUAUAAAGAUUGCCAAACCAAA